CAGGAUCGAAUGAGGGAGAGGAGGACAGGGGGAAAGGGAGAGGAGGAUAGGGGGAAAGGGGAGGAGGAUAGGGGCAAAGGGAGAGGAGGACGGGGGGAAAGGGAGAGGAGGAUAGGGGGAAAGGGAGAGGAGAAGGGGAAAGGGAGAGGAGGACAGGGGGAAAGGGAGAGGAGGACAGGGGGAAACGGAGAGGAGGAGUGGGGGAAAGGGAGAGGAAGACAGGGGGAAAGGGAGAGGAGGAUAGGGGGAAAGGGAGAGAAAAAUAGAGGGAAAGGGAGAGGUGGACAGGGGGAAAGGGAGAGGAGGAUAGGGGGAAAGGGAGAGGAGGGUAGGGGGAAAGGGAGAGGAGGAUGGGGGGAAAGGGAAAGGAGUACAGGCGGAAAGGGAGAGGAGGACAGGGGGAAAGCGAGAGGAGGAGAGGGGGAAAGGGAGAGGAGGAGAGGGGAAGGGAGAGGAGGACAGGGGGAAAGGGGGAGGAGGAUUGAGGGAAAGAGAGAGGAGGAAAGGGGGAAAGGGGGGGAGGAUAGGGGGAAAGGGGGGGGAGGAUAGGGGGAAAGGGAGAGAAGGAUAG